AUGCCGCCCCGAAAAAGAAGCGCCCCAGAGGCUAGUGAAGAAGCCACGCCAAAGCGACGAUCUCUACGACAAGCAGCAUCAAAGACUCAACCGGAGGCCGAAGCAGCUCCAGUGACCAAGACAAGUCCCCCAAAGAAACCAGCAAAGGCGACAGUAAAGAAACAGGAAAAGGAGCCAAAGCCUUCACCAAAGCAACAAAAACCAGCCGCAAAAGAAGCUGCAAAGCCAAAGAAACCCGCGACAAAACAAGAAGCCAAAACUGGCACCCGCGCUGAAUCUGAAGAUCCAGAUAUUGACUCCAUCCCCACGACAAAUCCAGAUGCGCCCAGGCAUGAUGGGCAGUGGUACUGGCUCAUGAAAGCCGAACCAGAGACGCGCAUCGAGAAUGGCGUCGAUGUCAAGUUUUCAAUUGAUGAUUUGAGGGCCAAGACAGAGCCUGAAGGAUGGGAUGGUAUUCGAGCCUAUGCUGCACGAAACAACAUGAGGAAGAUGAACGCGGGUGAUCUUGCCUUUUUCUACGCCAGCAACUGCAAGGAACCCGGUAUAGUCGGCGUCAUGGAAAUCGUCAAGGAAUUUUCAGAAGACCGCUCCGCUCGCAAACCCAGCGCUCCAUACUACGAUCCCAAGUCGACCAAAGAGAAACCCAUCUGGGACCUGGUGCACGUCGAGUUCCGAAAGAAGUUUGCCGUACAAAUUGGUCUCAAGGAAUUGAAAGAGCUGGGAAAGGCUGGUGGUCCGUUGGAGACAAUGCAGUUGUUGAAACAAUCUAGACUUAGUGUGAGUCAAGUCAGUGGUGAUGAAUUCAAGUUCUUGUGUGAGUUGGCGGAUAAGAAGGCCAAGGAUGCGGGACUGAAGCAUGACGAAGUAUUAGCAGAAAGGGACUAG